CUUAACCCGAAAUUGUUUGGUACUAUUUUAACCACUAACCGUUUUUCAAAGCUACAAUGGCAUUUGAUGCCAGUAAAAAUAAUUAUUUAGAGAUGUGCCUUAUUUUGUAUGAUCUGAGUGGCCUGCGGGCGUCAAGUAAACCGUUCUUAAAGUUUAUAGCUUUGUAUACACUGUACCCCUUGAUGUUAAUUGUGUGUGCUAUGAUACAUGUUAACAUCUGGUUCAAACAUGGUAACAUUUUUGAAAUAACCGAAGUUUUUACGUCCAUCUGUAUUAUCGCCUCUAUAACUAUUCGAAAGACGGUGUUAAUUUAUUAUGGUCCCUUGUAUGAAGACGUAAUACAGCAGCAUUCCCAGUUUUGGGAUUACGGUCUUUUUGGGAAAACCACUGAACUAAGACUACGAAAAAAUAUGAAAUUUUGCGUUUUUCUAAUAAAGUGUUUUCUGACCAGUGGAAUUGCAUCCAUAGUUGUGCGUAGCAUUUCGCCACUGUUUGUGAAGGAUAUUUUGUUACCUCAAGAGUGUUGGAUUCCUGGAAAUAAUCCAGUAGCUCUGAAAGUUAUCUACGUUUUGGAAAUUUUAUUUUAUUUGGAAAGUACGACUUAUUUUCCACUUUUUGAUGGUCUUUAUUUAAUAAUGACGGGAAACCUUAAAUCACAGUUAAUACUCUUGCAAAAAGCAGUCGAAUCAGUCGAUCUUGUGAGGGAUGAUGAUGAAAUUUCGUGGAGAAAAUUGAAAAAGUGCUGCCAACAUCACAAAUUGUUGUUGAGUGUACUUAAGAAAAUUAACAAAAUUUAUUCGGUUUUUUUUCUUUGUACUUACGUACUCACCAUUAUUGGGAUCUGCUUGCCAUUAUUUGUCAUCUUUAAUAAGUCGUCUACUUUUACCCAGGUUGUAGAAAGUGUUCUGGUUGCAAAUAUAAUGAACACUUUGCUUAUUAUGAUUUGUAUACCGGGUAGUGAAAUAGAAAUUGAGGCUGAACGGUUGAUUACACAAAUUUACAACAUCAACUGGCACGAAACCAGCAAUUUAAAAAUUCGUAAGUUUGUCCUGUUUUGGUUGAUGCAAGCACAAGUUCCACUUCGAAUAACAGGAGGCGGGAUGCUAAUAGUAAAUAGGUCCUUGAUGUUUCAGAUUCAGCGUAUUGCAUAUUCCGUAUCAACAUUAUUAACAGGGCUAACGUCGUAAAUUCAUUACGAACUAAGUAUUUAGAAUGCAUUAAACAGUACCAGAAGUUUACUCAAAUAACUUGAGUUACUUAGUGUUAAUUAGUUUCACAGAGAAUAAAAACACAUAAUAAACGCAUUUUACAUUUUUAUGAUAAAACUUACAUUACCCAAACAUUUUACAAAAA